GUAGUCCAUCCAGGCAUCAGAAAGGACGUUCAAGUUACCUACAGACCACCUCUUUUAAUAGAUAGCUCGCAGUUUUCUUUUCAAAAACUAGGAUAGAAAUAAAACUCCGUUUUCCGGUUCAAAACGCAACAGUUAUCUCCAACAGCUUCACUUAAUUAUCUACAUCCAUUGUCAAACCGUGCUUGCGCAACUUGUUCUGUUGCUUAUUGGCUAACUCUUUUUAAAAAACAAUAGUUCGGAAAAAAAAAAGAAAAAGCAAAACAAGGCACAUUGGAGACACACAAAACAGUGUGCGCUUGAACGUUUCACGUUCAGUUGUUAUUACGGAACCGACAAACAGCUUUGCCAGUUGACAACAGAAUGGAACAUUCGCUGUUUUUCGCCACGCUCAGCGUCAUUCUAUUGCAUUUCAAUUUUGGAGGUGUCCGAGGAGUAAGCAUCACAUCAAUUCGAGUGCCACCAGCCGUGGAGUAUGGUAGCGAGUCUGUGGUACUAGACUGCGAUUACACGUUGGCUUCGCACGAGAAGCAGGGCCUCGUUGUUCAGUGGUUCUUUCGUGACCAUCCUCUUCCUGUAUACCAAUGGAUUCCGGGCAAGAGACCUCAAGAUAAUGGACCGCUUAAAGGUCGUCUGAAUUUGGAAUAUCGCGCUUCAGAAGAUCCCUAUCAUCGUCAUAGGGCGCUGGAAAUCUUGAACCCAUCGACCGAUCUAGGAGGCGAUUACCGCUGCAAAGUAGCCACAUUUGACAACGAAGACAGUCAGAACGCUCAAAUGGUUGUGUAUGUACCGGCAGCUUCGUUCACAGUAGAAAAGACCAAACCAACGACAUCCUCGGUGAACGUGACCUGUAAGGUCGAAGGCGUUUACCCGCUUCCCCAACUUGAGUUGAUCCAGGAGGACGGACCCCAUGGAAAUAGGAUGGUUGUGAAAGAGGCAACUCUUUACAUCUCAUCACGUGGUGGCCGCUACGAUGCUACUUUGUACCGAAUUUUGGAAGACGAGCAACUACCGUCCGAUACCGCCUUCGAAUGCCUCCUUUCUUUGCCCGCCACGGAGUAUCAGACUGCGCAGAAGAUGAAUUAUCAACCAGGCACGCCUUUGGAUGGCGGUAUCAUUCCCCAGGCGGCUAAUGCUAUAAAUGAAGAUCAUUCACAAACCGGGAUGGGUUCUGGUGGUGGUACAAGCAUUCCUUCCGUUUCGGCACCGCACCGUUCUCAGGAUGCUAUUGCACCUCCAGCAGAGGACACAACCGUUGAAGACGAUUCCGAGAACGCUAGUGUUUGGCAAAGCGGCACAGGACGAGGCAUUCGAGCUCAUGAAACCACUACUGAUAAUGGAGCAAACGUGCAUCAACGACCCCGACUCCUAGCGCUUUUGUUGGCGUGUUUCGUCAUGGUCAGUCUUUGAUUGAAUUUCUUGUUCAUCCCCGCACCUUCUGAGUUUCCCUCUUACCCUUGUAUACAUUUAUUCCUAUAAAAUUAAUUAUCUUUAUUGCUUUGACGGUAUACAGACGAUGAAGCUUCCCUUUGCGCUAACCAAACAGUCAAUCUAAACAGUCGAUCUUCGCGAUCACAUAAUGUCAAGCACUUUAAAAAAAUAUUUCUUUCUAUAAAUACUAUAAAUAUUUGCAGCUGCAAGCCAGAGUAACACUAGUGUGGUAUAAGCUACACACUGUAUAUGGAAUGUAACCCCUAACGCUUAUCCAUGAUUUAAAAACAUGUUCCUGACAGGCAAUGACAGUGGCUUUAGCUUUGUCUUUUGCAUGUAUUUCCCCCCUCAUUUCAUUCUAAUUAUGUGCCCCACGAGGAACCUUCUCCACCUUCUCAGUAUAUGGCUUAGUUCAUCUCUGCCAUCAAACGAAGUUUCUAAAGAACAUGAAUUCGUUUCAUUUGUGUAUUUUUCUAUAAAAAAAUCUUUUUUGUGUUUGUAGCUACACAGUUAGUCGUGCUAAAUGUCUAGUCAUCAAUGACCAACAGUGGCAGUGGCCUUGAUUUUCUCGUAACGUUUAAUAAUUUCGAGAAUGUGUUAUGCAAUCAACGCCUAAGAUGUAUUACCAAUAUCGACUAACCCUUUUUUUCAAUCCUUCCUCGUUGGUUCUGCAAUGGAAAAUGGGUGGUAUUCAGUGGAUACUUAGUAAACAUGUUCAACAGCCUUAUGAAGAAAAACGUAUUCCAUGAACAAAUUCUAGCUGAUCUUUCCGAAGUUUUCAUAAUGUAGAAUCAUGUAUGCCCUUCAUAUUGUAAUCCGCUGGUGGAACCGAAAAGUUCUUUGCCAAUAUAAAUAUUUAAAAAAAUAUAUAAAAAAUAAAGCUAAGUAAAAAACAAACAAACAGA